AUGGAUUUUACCUGGUGUUUGACAUGUUUGAUAACUUCGUUGACAUUUCUAUAUGGAUCAGUCAUUUCACAGACCAACAUGGAUGUUCAAAAUUUAUAUACACAUUUGUUUACUACAAAUAAUUAUAACAAGCUUAUCAGACCAAGUAGAAAUCAGUCGGUUCCGAUAUCAGUACAUGUCAUUUUUACACUUUACGGCAUAUCAGGAGUGGACGAAAUCCACCAGAAACUGACCACUACUGGAUGGCUUGAAAUUGAAUGGACAGAUGAAUUGUUGUCAUGGAGACCGUCAAGUUUUGGAGGGCUAAGGUAUAUAUAUUAUCCUCAAGGCAACGUAUGGAAACCUGACAUAUCUUUACAAAAUGGGUUUUCAAAACUGGAUGAGCUCGGUUCGAAAUUCAUAUCGGUGUAUAUUGGUUCAAAUGGAUUGGUAAAUUGGAGGCCCCUCCAAGUUUUUAAGUCCAAAUGCGAUAUUGAUUCAACAUACUUCCCGUUUGAUAGACAGACGUGUCAUUUAGAUUUUGAGGCUUGGAGUUUGUCUAGUGCAGAUGUUCAUAUAACACAAGGAAGCAAGGGAAUAGUAUUGGCCGAUGAUCUACAGAAACAUGGUGAAUGGAAAAUAGUAUCUUCAUCUGCCGUGAAUCUCGCGGAAUCUCACGAGACAAAAGUUCGGUUUACGAUCAUGAUUCAACGAAAAUCAUUGUACGCUAUAAUGAAUUACAUUAUACCGAUUUUGUUACUUUCAAUACUGGACAUUUUUACAUUUAAAAUACCAGUUGACACUGGGGAACGCAUAGGAUAUGUUAUAACAGUGUGGCUAGCAUUUGCUGUGUUUCUAACGAUUAUCAGUGAUGCGUUACCACAGAGUUCAGAAUCUAUUCCGAUUGUUUCUAUCUAUAUCAUGCUACAAAUUUUUAUCGGAACUGUGAUUGUUAUCAUUUCAGCAAUAGAAUCCGGAUGUGCACAUCGAUCCGAUCAUGAAUCAGUGUAUUACAUAUUAAGAAGACUUACAAAAAAAUGCCGAAAACGAAUCGUACAAUCAAACCCGGAAAAUUCCAUGUGUUUGGAUAGCGGUUGUGUAACGACAUUGGCUACCCAUGAGGGUCUGUGUUUGUGCGAAGACGAAGUCUGUGUUACAUGGAAAGAAGCGAUCUCAGCUCUUGAUAAAGUUUUAUUCUGGGUUUGUCUGACAAUAUUUGUUUCGUCCACUUUGAUCACGUUACUUGUUGCAGGUCUCAAGUACAUAUAA